GUGUGACGUCUGAAAAUCAGUGUGCUUUGAAAGGAACAUCAGUAUUGAUCAACUGCAAAUAUGACUACCCUUUAGGUCACUUUGUUACUUCAGUCAGCUGGUUUAAAAAGUUGUAUGCAUCUGGCAGAUGGGGACUUUUUCCUCUUGAUAAACUUACUUCAAGUCCGGACCACUUUAAAUAUUUGGGAAACUACCGCGGCGACUGCAGUCUGAAGGUCAAUGAUGUACAACACACUGAUGAAGGAGCUUACUAUUUUCAUUUUGCCACAACACUCAACAGAUGGAUGAGCAUAAAACCGAUGUACUUGUCUGUGGGAGAGCUGACCACAGUCAUCGAGCCGAGCACUGUGACAGAGGGAGGUCGUGUUGCACUGACCUGUAUGUCAGGCUGUCCUGAGCCUAAAGACAUUGUCUGGUUCAGAGAUGGGCAACCUGUAUCAAAUCCAGUCUUCCAGGCCAGGAGAGAGGAUGCUGGGGACUACUAUUGUGCACUCCAUGGACAGGAAUCAGUCAGAUCUGCACCUGUGGCUCUGAAUGUUCAAUACGCUCCCAGAGAAGUGACACUAUCAGUGAGUCCAUGGGGAGACAUCCGCAGUGGAGGGACUGCGACUUUGACCUGCAGCAGCGAUGCCAACCCUCCUGUGGCACACAGCGGAUACAGCCUGUAUAAGGAUGGACAGCUUAUCAGUUCAGGGCAGAAUUACAUCAUCUCUGACAUCCUGCCCAGCGACAGAGGAUGGUACUACUGCCAGGCAUGGAAUAACAUCAGCUGGAGGGGCAUCGACUUGAUCAACUCGACUGAGGUUCACCUUGACGUUAGAUACCCUCCAAUGAACAUUUCCAUUUCAGUGGAUCCACAGCUGUUUGAUGAGGGCAGCAGUGUCAAUCUGACCUGCAGCAGUGUGGCUAACCCCGCAGCAGACAGCUACAUAUGGUACAAAAUGGUCGACUCUGACGCCACCAGCUCCAUGCUGCAGGUGGGCUCAGGACAGCUGCUCUCCCUUCCCUCUGUGGAAGAGUCCCACAGUGGAGUGUACCUCUGCAAGGUCAGGAACAGUCUCGGGGAGAGCAACUCAACUCAGGUGCUGCUGUCCAUGCAGAGAAAGCAGAAUGAAGGGCAGUCCCUCCCAGUCUUGGCUGGAAUUGGAGUUUCUCUUCUUGUGACACUAGUGGUGGCGCUUCUUCUGUUCCGGAAGAAACAGAAGACUAGCGCAGACAAGAAAAGAGUGUUUGACUCCAGGCUCAUCAGAACAAGAUCAAGAUCUUCAGCCGCCGAAGAUCCACCUGACACCACUUAUGCUAACAUCCACCCGCUUCCAUCCUCAACUCCCUCUGUCCCUCCUCAGGCCAUUUCUAAAGCUUCACAGAGGAGCUCACACCGGGAUGAUACCACUUCUUAUGAAGAUGAGGUUACCUAUUCCACAGUGACCAUCAGUCCCAAAGACCCCAGUUUUCCACAUCACCUGAACUCCAACAGACGACCACAGCACUCCUGGUCCGAAGCAAGAGAAAACAACGACUCUGUGAUCUACGCCUCUGUGUUUAAAUCCAGCUGAGUCUCUGCAUUUUGUCGUGUGCCUUCUUCCUCUCAAGAAAAUAAGCAAGUCCAAAGCUCAGUGUACAGUCAUC